AUGGUCCGUCUCGCCACUCUUAUUCUCUCUUUGGCUUGCUCUGCCUUGGCAUCUCCCUUUGUGAAGCCAUCCGAUGGAUCAUUGGAACGCAGAAAGCUCUCAUCUUUGUCUGCCAGUGGCGCUGAAGUUGCGAUUCAUGAGAGGGUCAUCUCGAAGGCAAUCACCAAGCCCGCUAUUGUCUGCGACCUGACUUGCAAGGCUUGCCUAGCGAAACCUGCCCCCAAGAAAGGCAAGGGCACAGGCAAGGGCAAAGGCAAGGGCAACGCUAUUCCCCGCUCUCUGGCAGAUCGGAAUCUGGCACUUGAAGAAAGGUCUUUGGAUGAUAUUGAGGACCUUUGGGGGACCGAUGCAUCGGCUGCAAACGAAUAUGUCAUGGAGCAGAUUGACAGUGUCGCGGGAAAGGACGACGAGUUAGACUGGAACCUUAUCCAGCAUGACGCUGUCUCGGGUCAAGGAUCGUGGAGUGACAAGCCUUUGCGAAAGUACAUUCGGGGUCUCAUGGGCUGCACUGGUAUCGUCAUCGUCUCUGAUAAAGGCUACUGGUUCGCUCAUUUUAUGGAAACUGGGUUCCUCGACCGCGGUGACAACUGGAAGAACAAGAUCAUCAAGCCUCUCCAGCAGGGAACCAACAAGUUUAUCACUCCUAGGUCCUUGGCCAAGUCUGGCGGCAUUCUGAACAAGGCAAACAACGUCAAGAUCUAUGUGUCAACCCCCCGUACCAAGACGUCCACCGAGCAAAACCCAGUCCUCUUGUACAAGGCGAAGGUCGACGAACUCUUAUCUCAUAUCACUGGAAGAGGCGAGCCUUUGAACGGUGUUCAAGUCAUCACCCGCGGUUAUCUCAAGCCCGAGAGUGAGGCGGAGCUUGAGGCGUUCCAUAACAGAGCCAAUGGAAAGGUCCUUGUCGAGUACGAUAACAAUCAGCUGGAUGCCAACGGAAACCAACCCAACCCUAAGGAGCGCAUGUACCGAGUUUGGCUUGAGCACAAGUACUACGAGCACAGAUUCCGUUAA